AUGUCUUUGGAAUGUAAAACUAUGCUGCGAAAAAGAUUUCCAGGGGAAGUCCCUGUUAAAUUGGACGAUACAAUCGAGAUGAGUCCCAGCAACAACGAGAACAAAAACAUAAUGUGUCACUCUGCCAAGUCUUCGCCAUCGGCUCCUUUAUCGGGUGGAAACUACUUACAUAAGAAAUUCAAAAAAAUUGCCACAGCGGACGAUUAUCCUGAAGUGGCUAUUCCUGCCCCUGUAUUAUCCACAGAUGAAUAUUCUCUCGAAGGUGUGUGGCGACAUAAAUGCCCUUACUGUAAAACUGUAUGCACUAAGCCAAGUGCGCUUGCCAAACAUUUACAAGUGCACUCCGAUGAACGCCCUUUUCCAUGUGAAACGUGUGGAUUUGCUUUUAAAACCAAGAGCAACCUCUCCAAACACUGCAAAUCCCAAUCACAUACAGAACGGUUGGCAAAAGAAGAACCAGAGGAGGCUAAGCCAAAAAUAUACAAACCAAAAUUUCGUACAGCCUCAAUACACACUAAAUUGGAAGAAUUGAAACCAUCAGAAGACCAUUCUGAACCAGUUCAGGUAUUAGUAAAUAAACAAGAAGAAGAUUCUUCUCAGCCUUUAAAUUUAUCCGUGGUUGAUGCAGUUAAAAAAUGUCAAGAAAAAUUAUCUCCCGUUGGAGUAAAUGGUCAAACCGAGCUAAAAGGUGUAUACAAGUUGCUAUUGAACCAAAUAAUUAAGUGUAAUGAGAAUAAGGAACAGCCUUUUUGUGAAAUGUGUGGCUUAAAAUUCAAUAGUCAAGAAGACUUAGUCAGACAUAUUUGUGAUCGAAGUCCAAAUGGAGUUAAGUAUCCAGAGCCCAAGACUGUAGCCGUGCCACUCCCGUCACCAGGACCAUUAUUGGGGCGCACACCGUUGGUUGAGUUUCACAGACCAAAGGAACCUGAUAUACAAAAACCUGUCGUUUUGCGUGUGGGUAAUUUGAUACAACAACAGGAAAUGAUUGCCAUUUUCCAGAGUGGACGUGCUGUACCUUUUGUGCCAGGUAUUCCAGGACCACAUACGGCAAUGCCUCGUCAACUACGACCACAGUAUGAACCAAAACAGACUGAUCCUCCACCUUCAAAGAAACCAAAAGUAGACGACAAAUUUCUUGUUUCAACAUCUCAUCAUCAGAUUUCAACAACUACUAUAACUACAAGUACAGCGGCUCAGAAAUUUGUACGACCAACGUCAUUGGCGUUCAAACCAGGAACAUUCAGUACUAACCGCAUGUUGCCCAUGGUUAGUCCAGAUACUCCAAGACCAAAAAAGAGCUACCAACAGUUAUAUCUUAAUGGUCAUGCAUACACUUAUUUGGGUUUGAAGUGUACGACAAGAGUAUUUUUUUGUACGCUAACCAAAUGUCAACCCACAUAUACAAUUCUUCCAGAAGUUAAUACUAUAUCAAUGUAUUCAAAUUGGAAGAUUUGUUCCGAUAUGGGAAGUAAUAUGUUGGGCGUUCGAGGUAUGGAUUUAUAUGACUCAAGUCAGAAUAACCACAGAUAUACACAAGCUGGUCAAUCUCACGAUUACAUAGUUGCUCAUUCAUCUUAUAAGCACAAACAAUUGGCUGAUCAAACCACCAGAGUUGAAACCAACUCUAUGGGCAAAUUAAAAAUCUGUCCUGGAGGUUUUGAAUCCAAUGAAGAUUAUGUAUACGUUAGAGGCAGGGGAAGGGGGCGAUAUGUAUGUGCUGAUUGUGGAAUUCGUUGUAAAAAGCCUUCAAUGCUAAAGAAACAUAUCAGAACCCAUACUGACUUAAGGCCAUAUACUUGUACACAAUGUACCUUUAGUUUUAAAACCAAAGGAAAUUUGACAAAACAUAUGAAGUCGAAAGCACAUUUCAAAAAAGGAGUUGAACAGGAUCAAAAUCCAAUGUCCAUGGAUGAUAUUAAACAACUAGAUUCUGAAGAUAUGGAAGACUACUCUGAAGAUAAUAUGGAUGAAGACGAUGAUAUUGAUGAUGAAGAUGAUGAUGAGGAAGCAGUAGAUAAACACGGAUGGCGUAAAACUCAAUCAGAUUUUGAUGCUGCACGUUCAUUAUUAAGACUUUCACAAGUAUACCCAUCACAAAUACCUCAGUCAAAUCAUGCAAAAGCUGGUAUAUUGCCUUAUGAUCACCGACCUGUAUCAUAUCCAUAUCAAUCUCUUUUAACACUGGCUGAGUCUGAGGUAAAAAAUAAUCACCAGUAUCAGAAACAAAUUAGUCCACCGUUGCAGUCUGGAAGCAGUCUUUUGGUACCACCACCAUUACCAGCUGUUCCACCCACACCUAUUUUCAAUAAUCCAGAGGUGAUUCAAACAGCACCUGCAGAUUUGAGGCAUAAUGUAAAUGCAAUUCUAAGUAAUAGUCCAAAAGCCAUAGUUAAUAAACCAAUGGAUCUUUCACGUUUUGGAGGUAGUAAAGAAUUAGAACAAAUAAAUAAACCACAAGUAACGCAGCAGUCCCCAAAAAAACCUAAGGCAUUAUUUCGACAACCUACAACAAAUGGUCCAUCACAAAAAUAUACCAGUAUUCUAGAAGAUGGACGAAGUAAGUGUAUGGUGUGUGAUAAGGUAUUUAAUAAACCUAGUCAAUUACAAUUGCACAUAAAUAUACAUUAUUUUGAGCAACCAUUCCGAUGUGAAGGCUGUAAAGAAUCAUUCCGAACUAAGCAUUUGCUUCAAAAACAUUUGGACUCUAUCUCACAUUUGAAUAAGGUGAAUAUGAUGUCCUCCACCCAAGGGACUAUUGUUAAAAAUCCAAGACCAUUUGAAUGUGCUGAUUGCCAAGUUGGUUUUCGAAUUCAUGGACAUUUAGCUAAACAUUUACGAUCCAAAAUGCAUAUACUUAAAUUGGAGUGUUUAGGAAAAAUACCAUUUGGAACAUAUGCUGAAAUUGAACGCUUAGGAGUUUACAAGCUAGCCAAAAAGCCACAUAACAAAAUAAUCAAUAAGAGUCAAUGUAAAAAAUUGGUUACAUUUUUGUGUGGAAAUUUUUCAAAGCGCUCAACGUAA